AUGGCUACGUCAAUGGAUGAUAAUCUCAUGUUUGGGAACUUUGAUCCAAAUAUGCCCAUGAUGGAUAUUGACGACAUGGCCCUGACAAUGCCCACGCAACCCAUUUAUCCUUCCGUAUCAAAUGCGCAGAAUGUGCAAAGUAAUGGCAUGGUCUCCUCCAACGAAGACACGCCCAGAUUCUCGACAAAUUCCGCCGAGGACAGCCCCGCCCCGCCGUCGUCUACUCAAACUCAACCGCCCGGCUCAAACACCCUGACCGAGUUUACCAAGCGGAGGAAUUGGCCAGCCAAAGUCGUCGAGGAACUAAAGGACUUUUUACAAAUUCUCGAUGCUCAUGGCAGGAUUAAAUACGUCUCUCCGAGCGUCGUCUCACUAACCGGCUUCCAAGCAGAGGAUAUAGUGGAUAACUUUCUCAAGGACCUGAUCCACGCAGACGAUGUAGGCACUUUUACGUCGGAAAUGAACGAAUCUAUAGCAAGUGGCAACUCGAUGCGCAUGUUCUAUCGACUGAGGAAGAAAGAUGGUACAUAUGCUAUUUUCGAAUCCGUCGGCCAUGCACACAUAGCCUCGGCCAAGUUUGCUCCAAAUCCCGACAAUCAGACACCCUUUUGCCAGGCUGUGUUCGUCAUGUCCCGGCCAUAUCCAACAAAAAACGCCUCGCUACUAGACUCUUUCCUCGAGCACAAGAUCGAAAACGAACGGCUGAGGCGGCGCAUUGCCGAGCUACGGCGGGAAGAGGAAGAGGAGGAAGCAUCUCAAAGAAGUUGGUAUGAGGGGCAAGACGCGUCAACCACAAAUGUCACGGCUUCCGAGGAUAUACAGUCUCAAACAGGAUCCACGUUCCAAAACCAAGACUCUGCGGCGAUGCCACCGCCUGAAAGGCCAUCGUCACUUAAUGCCAACCUCACCAAAGAAAACCUUGAAGGUGCUAUAGCUGGAAGUCGUCCCGACUCGCUCCGCGAUAAAAUGUCUCGAUUAGGAGGAGCUUCUCAUGCCGACACCAUUGAAAUGCUCACGGGACUACGUUAUGGGGAAGGGGAGCGUAGUAAGGGCCUCACAACUGGAAAUCACAGUCCGGUUCUAAUCAAGGGCGAUGCGGGAAUCGCGAUACCUGUGGACAGAGAUCCCCGGACAGGAGAAAAGAAAAAGAAAAUCAAGGUUGCAGAGGAAUACGUUUGCACCGACUGUGGCACACUUGAUUCACCAGAAUGGCGGAAAGGACCCAGCGGACCAAAGACGUUAUGUAAUGCCUGUGGUCUACGCUGGGCCAAGAAGGAGAAGAAAAAGAAUGCCGGUGGUGCAGGCGCCGCUGCUCAAGAUACUCCAAUGACGGACGGUUAG